UUCCCCCUGGUAAAAGAAGGCACCUAAAUUUAAACCCAUGCGCCCCUUAUUUUUCUUCUAAAUUUAAAUCCAUUUGCUCCUGAUUUUAUGAUUCGUCCGACUCACCUGGUUUCUCUACCCAACUCGGUCGGGUCACUCCGCUUAUUCGGCUUCGCCUCUGGCAGUGCUAGACUCUCUGUCCGUCGUGCCCAAAACGCCCACACUCUCGCAAGCCUCGUACACUUCUCAGCCUCGCGACAAUCCAAAAUUACCUUCUCUGCCUCAUCCCUCGACCGUCGGAAACCACCCCACUCGUCCCAUCCAGCGAUGGACGCUCACGCCACGUCCGCCAACGCCAAUGGCGAGGACUUUGUCCACAUCGAGAACCCUGGCGCCGAUGAGAGCUUGAGUGAAAGCAUCGUUAAUAUCGAGGAGGAGCCGCCAUCGGGAGACGACGACGACGAUUCUGAGUCCUCGGAGCAGACGAAGGCAGUGCUUCCCGAGGAGCUCUCGAGAAGCGUGGUGGCCCUCACGUGCGAUUCCGUCGCCAAGGGUGGUGUCUGCGACGUGUACUUGGUUGGCACCGCUCACGUGUCUCAGGAAUCAUGCAGAGAAGUACAAGCUGUAAUCAGUUUUUUGAAACCACAGGUUGUUUUCUUAGAACUAUGCUCAAGCUGUGUUGCAGUGCUUACCCCUCAGAACAUAAAGGUACCAACCAUGGGAGAAAUGUUAGACAUGUGGAAGAAAAAGCAUAACAUCUUUGGAAUACUUUACAGCUGGUUUCUUGCCAAGGUUGCUAGUAAGCUCGAGGUUUUUCCUGGUUCAGAGUUUCGUGUGGCGUAUGAAGAAGCAAUGAAAUAUGGGGGCAGGGUGUUUCUGGGGGACAUUCCGGUUCAGAUUACAAUACGAAGGACUUGGGCAAAAAUGCCAUUGUGGCAUAAGAUAAAACUACUCUAUACCUUGUUUUUUCAAGCAGUAUUUUUACCAAGCUCUGAAGAUCUAAAUAGAAUGUUAAAGGAAAUGGAUGAUGUCGACAUGCUGACUCUUGUUAUUCAAGAAAUGAGCAAGGAGUUCCCCACUUUAAUGGAGACCCUUGUACAUGAGCGAGAUAAGUACAUGUCGUCCAGAUUACUAAGAAUUGCUAGUGAGAACAGCUUAGUCGUAGCAGUUGUUGGGAAGGGACAUCUGCAAGGAAUAAAAAAGAAUUGGAAGCAGCCUAUUGGGGUGAAGGAUCUUUUGACAAUGCCACCACAAAAACCAGCUAUUUCAACUGUGAAUAUCCUCACAUCUCUUGGUGUUGCAGUUGCUGGGGUCGCCAUUUUGUCUGGCAUCUAUCUUGCUAACAAGAAAUAGCUCCACCGGAGUUUGUUUCUUGGCGACGUGGUUGGAAAUGGGAAAUUACCGGGGCGAGGUGUGGAAGGCUAGUUUGUAGCUAACGAUUCUUAAUUGCUGAGAAAUCACAAUGAACACAACUACAUAAUCAAAGUUCCCUGUACUUCGUUGAGCCGAUCUCACUUUCUUCAUGUGAAACUUUGGCAAAGGAAAGUCAUGUCGAUGGGAAGGCGAGGAAAUUCUUAAAAUCUCUGAAAUUCAUUCAAUGCACCAUGACGAAUAAGAAACAUAAUAUUCAUAUAUCUCAACGAGGGAUCUCUGUACAGAUGUAAUUGAUUCAAGGUGCUUGGUUAUGGUUGCUUA